UUAAGCGUUCCGUCUUUUGGUUUUAAAAAAAAAUGCCAAGUAGCGUAGGCUUAAUUAAUUGUCAGUCCCUUUCAACACACGUUUGUUUCUCUUUUCGACGCUUACGUCAGAAUAAUCACUCACUCAAAUCUACAAAAUUUGUCCUCCUCUUUCAGAAUGGCUAUGGAAACUACAGCUCUACUUUCUGCCCUUACUGCACAAGUGAUUGGAAACGCUUUUGUUGAGCAGUAUUACCAAAUUCAACAUCAUUCGCCAGAGUUAGUAUACAGAUUUUAUCUGGAUUCAAGUGUCUUAAGUCGCCCAGAUUCUAAUGGCGUGAUGACAUCCGUGACAACAAUGAAAAGUAUCAAUGACAUGAUAUGCUCAUUAGGCUACAAGAACUACAAGGCAGAGAUAAAGACUGCAGAUGCACAACAGUCCUAUAAGGAUGGGGUGACUGUAUUGGUAACUGGAUACUUAACGGGAAAGGAUAACAUGAGAAAGCAAUUCACCCAGACGUUUUUCCUUGCUCCACAGGACAAAGGGUACUUUGUUUUAAAUGAUGUUCUUAGGUUUGUAGAACAAAAUGAGAUUGAUAAUAGCUCAGAAACGGUUAAUGCGGUCAAGGAUGUAGUACCCGUGCCUUUGGCAUCAGCUCCAGAACAAGUUCAUGUGCAUGAGCCUCCGAAUCACACACAGCCUAGCUCUCAUGCUGAAGGUGAAAUUAUUAAGGAAGUAGCUCAUGAUUCUUUGGAAGAUGAGAGACUCAUUGCUGAUGAAAGAGAGAUUGUGGUGGGUUCUGAAUCCCAUAUUAACGAUAACAGUACUUCUGAGAAUGCAGAACCAGAUACUUUGGUUUCCCAAGAAGAUGCUCCUAAGAAAUCUUAUGCAUCAAUUGUAAGUUCUGAAACAAAGAAAUUGCCCACCAAAAUCUAUGUACCCUCUAAUUCAAGACUGGCUCCUGCAAGGGCUGGAAAGCAGCCUGUUAAGUCAGUAGCGCAAGCUCCUGCUCCUGAAUCAUCAGUUCCUACUGCCUCUGGAGCUGAAGGGCACUCCAUUUAUGUCCGCAAUUUACCUCUAAAUGUUACUGUUGCUCAGCUUGAGGUUGAAUUUAAGAGAUUUGGACCCAUUAAGCAAGGAGGCGUACAAGUCAGAAGUAAUAGGCAACAAGGAUUCUGCUUCGGGUUUGUCGAAUUUGAAGAUUCAAGCUCCAUGAACAGUGCAAUACAGGCGUCACCAGUUACAAUUGGAGGCCUUCAAGCUGAUGUUGAGAUAAAGAGAACUACAACUAGAGUUGGUAGCGGGAGAGGUCGUUUCCCUUCAGGAAGAGGAGCAGGAUACCGAAAUGACAAUUUCAGGGGCCGUGGAAAUUUUAGUGAAGGUCGAGGCUAUGGUAGAAAUGACUUUGUCGGAGCACGUGAGAUUUCAGGGCGUGGCAGGAGUCAAGGAGGACGAGGUGGUGAAGGUUACCAACAAGGAAGAGGGAGAGGUGGCCUAAGCCAGAUUCCUGCUUCAGCAUAGUUUGGCCGGAGAGAUUUUUGGAUGACAAGUUUUGACCGAGUUUUGUGUUGCCAUUGUGCAGCAGAAGAGUUUAGUUGUGCAGUGAUCGAAAAACAUAACUAGAACUUGAUAUCAACCUUAUUUUAUUUCUACUUUUUCGCUUUCUACAAGUACCAGCAUUUUUUCUGACAGAUUUUCUUGUGUAGGUAAUUUUAUGCUUUACAGGGAUAGAACUGUGUAAACUUGCGUAACUUAAAUGUUCUUUCUAUUUACAUUAGAAAGGACUUUGUGCAUUAGGUUUCUUUUA